CUAACGUCAGGCCAUUAUUUAGGAACUAGAGGAAGAAGAAGAAACUCAAGAAACAUAACCCAACUUUUCAAAUUUUAUUGCUUGAUGUCUCGUGAAUUGUGAAUGAAAUAAAUAAACAUAACAUAACGUGCCUAUAAAAAAUGAAAUUCCAAUAUAAGUUUCAAAACCUCUUAGGGACAGUUUACAGAAAUGGUGAUUUGCUAUUUACUCCUGAUGGAAACUCUGUAAUCAGCCCAGUUGGAAACCGAGUGACUAUAUUUGAUUUAAAAAAUAAUAAAUCAACUACAUUACCCGUUGAGAGUAGAUAUAAUUAUACAUCAUUAGAUUUAAGUCCCAAUGGAUGCACAUUGAUAGCUAUAAAUGAAGAAGGCGAAGCACAUAUGAUAAGUCUGAUUUCUCAGACAAUUAUACACAAAUAUAGAUUUAAAAGAAAAGUUAGGUGUGUUAAAUUCAGCCCAGAUGGGAAACAUUUUGCAGUUUGUAAAGAAAAUAAUGUUUUUGUAUUUAAAGCACCUGGUCCCUAUUCCGGUGAAUAUAAUGCUUUCAUAAUGGAACGAGUGUUUCAUGGAGCCUAUGAUGAAACUACCUGCCUUGAUUGGUCUUUUGAUUCCAAAAUCUUAGCAGUAGGAUCAAAGGAUAUGGCAACUAAACUAUAUCCAAUUGAUAAAUACGCAAAUUUUCGGAUAUGCUCCUUGGGUAAUCACACAGAUGCGAUCGUUGGCUGUUUCUUUGAAGAAAACAAUUAUGACAUUACGACAAUUAGUAAAAAUGGUCAAACUUGUAUCUGGGAAUGUAGCAUUGAUCCUAAAGAUUUGGUUCCGUUGGACAUGGUUCCUUCGAAAAAGAAAAAGAGAAACUCUAGUGAAUCUGACGAAGAUGACGUGGAUGCAACUAAAGCUCUGGAAAGAACUGAAGAAGAAAUCACAAAAGCAUUAAGUGAAGUGAACGUAAAUGACGAGGACUCUCAGAAUAAAGACAUCAGCAAACUUUUUUACAAAAGAUUAGCUAGACAUUAUUUGGCCGAUGAUGUAAGAAAGGAAAAUAAAGAGGCAGUCCUUACUUCUGCUGCGUAUCAUAAAAAAACCAAAAUUUUAGUAACUGGGUAUUCUACUGGCGCCUUUUUUAUACAUGAGUUACCCGAUGUUAAUAUCAUACAUUCUCUCAGUAUUUCCGAACAAAAAAUUAGUUCAAUAUCUUUAAACAACACUGGAGAUUGGAUCGCUCUAGGUUGUAGCGGAUUAGGGCAGUUAUUAGUUUGGGAGUGGCAAAGUGAAACGUACGUUUUAAAACAACAAGGUCACUCAAACAACAUGUCUUGCAUUACAUACUCGACUGAUGGACAACUUUUGGCAACCGGUGGCGAAGACGGUAAAGUAAAAUUGUGGAAUAUUCAUUCUGGUUUUUGUUUCGUGACAUUUAGUGAACAUACCAAUGCUGUCACUGCAGUGGCUUUCAGUGGAAAUAAGAAAUUUUUUGUAUCUGCUUCCCUCGAUAGUACCGUAAGAGCAUUUGAUAUUAUAAGGUAUCGUAAUUUUAGAACGUUUACUUCAACCAGACCUGUUCAGUUUUCUUGCGUAGCUGUCGAUAGUAGUGGAGAAUUUGUAGCAGCUGGUGGUCAAGAUAUAUUUGAAAUUUACUUAUGGUCUGUCAAAACGGGUAGACUUUUGGAAAUGCUCGCUGGACAUGAAGGACCUGUAUCCAGCUUAGCCUUCAGUCCUACAUUAACCAGUACUGUAAUGGUAUCUGUAUCGUGGGAUAAAACUAUGAAAAUAUGGGAUACUAUUGAAAAAGGUUCUGCUCAUGAAACAGUUAUGUUGGCUUCUGACGGAAUAAGCUUAGCUUUUAAACCAGACGGUCAGGAAGUAGCAGUAGCAACUUUGAACGGUCAAAUAUCCACUUUCAAUCUACGAACUUCCCAACAAGUCGCAUCGAUAGAAGGAAGAAAUGAUUUGGGAAGUGGGAGAUCUGAAACUGACCUUAUAACUGCCAAAAAAUCGUUAGAAGCCAAGUCGUUCACAAGUCUGUGUUACUCUGCUGAUGGAGAGUCUUUAAUAGCUGGAGGCCAAUCAAAAAAUGUCUGCAUUUACAAUGUUAAAGAGGCAUUGAUUCUUAAAAAAUUCGAAAUUACACAGAACAGAUCUUUAGAUGCAGUUGAUGAUUUCAUAAACAGAAGAAAGCUUACAGAAUUCGAUAAUAUUGCUUUGAUUGAAGAAAGGGAAGAAACAGAAGGUGGAAACGUUAGCAUUAAAUUACCAGGUGUACGCAAAGGUGACAUGUCAGCAAGAACCAUAAAACCCGAAGUUAGAGUAUUUUCUUUGCAAUUUUCACCAACAGGCCAAACUUGGGCAGCGGCCACUUCGGAAGGGUUGCUUUUGUAUGGUUUGAAUAAUUCCUAUAUGUUCGACCCUUGGGAUCUACAGAUUGGUAUUACUCCCAAAGCUAUCAAAGACUAUAUACAUGAUAAUGACUAUGGCAAUGCUCUAAAGAUGGCGUUGAAGUUAAAUGAAACAAACCUAAUACAGGAAGUCAUUGAAAGCGUUCCCAUCAAAGAUAUUGAAUUAUUGGUUGGAGAUCUAGAAGAAAAAUAUAUCCAACGGUUACUAGUUGUUAUAGCAACUUUUUUGGAGAAUUCAAGGCAUUUGGAAUACUAUGUUUGCUGGGCGCGGCAUGUUCUGACAUUUCACGGUCCAAAAAUUAAUGCUCAAAAAAUAUUGCCCACAUUGUUAGCUCUUGAAAAAAGUCUUUUAAGGAAAAAUGAACAAAUUUCAAAAAUUUGUGAUUUUAAUAAAUAUACCUUACAGUACGUGGCACAUUUGGGCGAGACUUUAAGUAAAAAAGAAAACAACGAACCCAAAAUGGAAGUCGAUAGCGAGGAAGAAAACGAUUUAGAAAUUCGAGAACCUUCUGAUGAAGAAAUUGAUUAGUUUUUAUUUUAUUUUAAAAUUUUAUUAAAGCAACUGUUAGCAAACUAAAAA